AUGUGUGAAAUAUCUUCGUGUGGCGGAGCAUCACUGGCAACUUGUAUCUGCUGUAAACGAAAUGUUUGUCGAGAACAUUUUAUUAUACAUGACAAUCUACUUCGUCCAAAACUAAAUGAUUUAACCGGACGAAUAGACCGACUUGCUGAAGAAUUUGAAAACUUAAGUGUGAAUACAAUAACUACGGAUAUUAUUACAAAACUUGACCAGUGGAAAGUGAAUGCACAUAAAAUAAUUGAUGAAUAUUACGAAAAUAAACGAAAUGAAAUCAUUUCAUCGGCUCGCCGCUUACUAAAUCAACACGAAAAAGAAAUUCAAGAUCUACGAAUUAAAAUCGCGAAAAUGAUUUACAUCCAACAGUCGAAUACUCAUAACAUAAACUUACUCGAAGAAAAACUUCGAAUCAUCCAACGAGAGAUCAACCAAGUUUCCGUUUCCAUUCAUGUCGAUAUUUAUCCGUUAACAAUUCCAAAUUAUAUGAUCAGUAUCGAUCUAUUCAACUUCUAUCGACCUAAUCUAUUCACAUUUGCACAUCCGUAUGCAAACAUCCAACGUUAUCCGAUAAGUUCUGAUGCCAUUGCAGCCAACAAUCAACAUUUUCUAAUUCAACAUCGAUCGAGUUUGUAUUUAAUCGAUGAAAAUCUUUCGGAAAUCUGUCGACAAAAUUGGCCUCACGACCGAAUACGUGACAUGUGUUGGUCAAAAAUCUUGAAUUGUUUUUUUAUUCUCACAUGGGAUCAUGUGUAUCAAAUCGAUGGAACGAAUUUAUCGAUCCAACGAAUCGAAACUAUCGAAGGAAGAUCAUGGCAAUCGUGUACAUGUUCUCAAACAUCUUUAUAUUUAUCGCGAGAUUUAUGGAAUUCAACAGUUGAAGAAUUUAAUCUCGAACCUUCGAUAACACUUUUUCAAGUUCAUCAAACAACUGACACUAAAGAUCAGAAACAACGAAUCGAUAGUUUAGAAUAUCAACAUGAUCGAUUGGCAUUGGCGAUCAAUGAUGAAACGAGACAAGAAUUCUUCAUCGAAGUUCGUUCGACGAUCUCAUUCGAUCGGAUAUGGAUCUAUCGGCUGCAAACAGAUUACAGUGAACGAAAGAUUCAAUGUUGUAUCUACAAUCAUAAUGCAUGGUUAAUAGCUGAUUGGGGUUCAUCAUCGUUGUAUCAUUUGACGAGUGACGGGAAAACGAAGAACGUUUCUAAAUAUGAAGAUGAGAUUUGUUAUAUUCAUUGUUUCAAACCAAAUCAAUUGAUUAUUUCAACGAAACAUUCGUUUAAUAUUCAUCGAUUAUGA